AUGACUGUCUUUGUCUGUUCACUUUUCCUUCCCAAAACCGUUCAGUUCAAUCUUCCUGGCACGCCGCCUCGGAGAAACACGCUACGAAGACGAUCCAAGACAACCAUUCCGCCACGGCAGCCGCCGCCUGCUCCUCCCGCCGAGGUGCAGCCCAGUCUCUUUGAUCCGCGACCCGUCAUCACCCCACCUCACACUCCUACGGACGAGUCGGCAUCACCUGAUCCCUUUGCCAACGAAGAUGGGUUUCGCAUUCAUUUUCCUCACGAGCUUGGCUCGCCAGAUGAAUUGACGUCAAAGUGGGGUUCCCGUGCCAACCAGCCUUUAUCCCGUGCCAACUCGCCUCCUCCGGCGGCCCUUUUCGAGCGCGACAGGACCUUGGAGAAGGCGCGCGAGCUCGGUCGUCGAGGCUUGGUGCAGCCAAAGGCUCACAUGCGCAGCGACAGCCAUGAUCGCGUCUUCUCCUCGGCUCCCUGGACGGUGGUGGACGCGGAUCAAGGAAACGGGGGGCUUCGACAUGCUGCCGAGGCUGCGUCUCGGGAUGGCAAGCUGGGGGAUUACAUGUGGGUGGGCACGUUGGGAAUGCCCACCGAUGCACUUGAUGGGACGCAGCAGAAAACAGACAUUGAAGACACCCUAGCCAACGAGUACGACAUGCUCACAGUCUUUUGUUCCGACAAGGAUUUCGAUGGGCAUUACACCCAUUUUUGCAAGCAGAUCCUGUGGCCCGUCUUCCACUACCAGAUACCCGACAAUCCAAAGAGCAAGGCAUACGAGGACCAUUCUUGGAAGUACUACGUCAACGUGAACCAGGCUUUUGCGGACAAGAUUGUCCAGAACUGGAAGCGAGGGGAUGUGAUCUGGGUCCACGAUUACCACCUGCUGCUGGUGCCCGGCAUGGUUCGCAAGAAGCUACCCGAUGCCAAGAUUGGUUUCUUCCUGCACGUCGCAUUCCCGUCAUCCGAAGUCUUCCGUUGCCUGGCGGUUCGAAAACAGCUUCUCGAGGGCAUGCUCGGUGCCAAUCUGGUCGGUUUCCAGAUUCACGAGUACACUCGCCACUUUCUCCAAACCUGCAGCAGAAUUCUCAGUGUCGAGGCAACUCCAGAAGGCAUCGAGAUGGAAGAACGUUUUGUGGAUGUCAUCAACACCGCCAUCGGCAUCGAUCCCGUCAGCUUGGAGAGGAACCGGGGCAAGCAAGACGUCGUCCGAUGGCUGCACAUCCUUCAGGAGAGAUACAAGGGCAAAAGGCUCAUUGUGGCACGAGACAAGCUGGACCACGUACGCGGUGUUCGGCAAAAGCUGCUGUCAUACGAGCUGUUUCUGAACAAGAACCCUCAGUGGCGGGAGCACACAGUCCUGAUCCAGGUAGCCCUGUCGUCGAGCCAAAACAGCGACCUCGACGCCACAGUCUCCGACAUUGUCACUCGUGUCAACUCCACGUGGGCCAACCUAGCAUACCAGCCUGUUGUUUACCUGAAGCAGGACAUCGAUUACGCGCAGUACCUAGCGCUUCUGACAAUCGCGGACGCGCUCAUGAUCACAAGCCAGCGCGAGGGCAUGAAUUUGACGUCACACGAGUACGUUUUCUGCCAGGACGGCAAGAUGUACCCGGACCAUAAAAACGGCUCGCUCAUCUUGUCCGAGUUCACUGGCACUUCCUCUCUCUUUGGGAACAGCGAGCUCGCGGUAAACCCCUGGGACUAUCGCCAAUGUGCCGACGCUAUCAAGCAGGCCCUGGAAAUGGGGCAGGAUGAGAAAGCACGUCGAUGGGAGAAGCUGUACGAGUCGGUUGCGCGGCAUACCGGGUCCCACUGGUUCGGCGAAUUGCUCUCCCACCUCGACCGAGCCUACGAGGAGCAACAUAAGCGCGACCAGACAUCUGUCCCCCGACUCUCCAUCCCGGACGUUUGCAGAAGGUAUGAAAAGUCAAGUCGGCGCCUGUUCAUGCUGGAUUACGAAGGCACUCUGGUCAGCUGGGGCCCUGUCAACAAGAUCAUCCCCGUCAGCCCUCAGCGAACCUUGGAUGUGCUGAACGAUCUGCUGCUAGACGAACGCAACAUUGUCUACGUCAUGUCGGGUCGCCAGCCAGAAGAGGUCGACCAUGUGUUCCGCAGGGUACCCGGUCUCGGGCUCAUCGCGGAGAACGGUUGCUACGUAAAGGACUGCGGCUCUGAGAGAUGGGUGGAGAUGUCGGACGGGGUUCAGAUUGGAAACUGGAAGACUGCUGUCAAGGAGAUUCUCCGGUACUACCUGGACCGUACCCCUGGUGCAGAGCUCGAGGAGCGUCGAUGCAGCAUUUUAUUCCACUACGCCGGAGCAGAGGACCUCGAGGCCGCCACUCGGCUCGCCGCCGACUGCGCCAGCCACGUCAACGAUGCUUGCGAGUCAUUGAAAGUCCAUGCCAUCGUCUUGGACGGAAUGAUUGCGGUCGAACCCCUCGACUGGACCAAGAGCACAGCUGCGCACAAGGUUUUUGAGAAGCUCAACGGCCACACCACGUCGGAUGGUGGUGAGAAGGCCAAGCCUGUCGACUUUCUCAUGGUUGUCGGGGAUGGCCGGGAAGACGAAAAAGUGUUCAAGUGGGCCAACAAGCUGGGAAAGCGGCACAUUGUUGACAAUGUCGUGACGGUCAGUCUUGGCAAUAGGAGUACUGAAGCAGCGUCCACCUUGACCCAAGGUGUUAGCGGUGUACUGAGCUGUCUCCAGCGACUGGUCUCCUCAUAA